UCAACAACCAGCCAGUGUGUUUCCCAUAGCGGGCGGAAGACGUCGCGUUUCCCGCCACUUUACCAUAGAUAACUUUCACGAAAAACUAUCCUAUAUUUUCCCGCGUAAAGUAUUGUGCUUCAGUGAAAAUGAUUUGGACGGUGUUUGGUCUAUCAUUAUUGGCAUUCGCAACUGGUCAAGAAAUAUGUCUCUCGGGCGAAGAAGAUCCUUAUCUACUCUUCGGGACUAAGACUUCUUAUAUUUUUGCGAAUAAAAUAUUUCCAUCGACUAGGAUACAAGAUAUUCCUGGUUGUCAACCGAUCGCGAUCUGGUUGCUGAGCCGGCACGGCUCUCACAAUCCCGAAGCGAAUGAAACUGCUGGUCUGCAAGCACUCACCGAUCUCAGAAAUAACAUCCUCACCAACUAUAGAAGUGGCAACUUUAGGGAUACAAAUCAACGCAUCUGCUCUUCAGACCUGAACCUUCUAGAGCGGUGGUCGUGGUCUCCCACUGACCCGGCUCUGGCAGGUGACCUAACCAGCGAAGGCUAUAUAUCCACGCAGCAGCUCGCACAAGCAUGGAAGCACAAGUACCCCGGACUCCUCACUGACAACCCACAUGAUUAUCUGUUUAAAUACACGGAUGAUCUUCGUUCGAGCACCAGUUUCCGUGCAUUCACUGAAGGCCUGUUCAAAUCUCAGGCAGACGGUACUGAUGCACCAAAACAGAACGAUGAGAAAAUAUUACGACCAUACAAAUUCUGUUCAACAUGGAUGAACGAAGUAGGAGAUAACAACAACACCUUAGUACAAAAAGGUACAUUUGAAUCUAAACAAGAAUAUAGAGAGAUGAUAAGCAACAUAUCGAAACGUCUGGGCUUCAACUAUGACGUACACCGUGACGUCAUCACCAGCAUGUACGAGAUGUGUGCCUACAACAAGGCGUGGAAUGUCGCACAGAUCUCUCCCUGGUGCGCUGUUUUCACAAAAGAUGAUCUAAAAAGGAUGGAAUAUGCUGAAGAUUUGGAAACAUACUACAAGUAUGGAUACGGUAACUCAUUGAAUGAGAAAAUGGGCUGCACCACUGUCAGAGAUAUGAUGGACUUCUUCAAGAAUCAUGUGGAACAUGACACACCACAACAACCUCGAGCACAAAUACAAUUCACUGAAGCAGCUACAAUAAUGUUGACUGCAACCGCAAUGGGAACACGUCGCGAUACAACGCCGCUCACAGGAGACAACUACCACACGCCCGCUGUACCCACAAGGCAAUGGACCACCUCCCUCAUGACACCUUUCAAUGCUAACAUCGCUGCUGUACUCUACAAAUGCACUCAAGAUGGUAAUUUCCAAGUGAAAGGUGAGUACCAAGUAUUAUUCUUAGAGAAUGAGAAACCAAUGAAAAUCGAUGGCUGCCGUGUCGGACUCUGCGAUUGGAACUUCGUUAAAAACAAAUUCAGCGAAAUUGCAGACACGUGUGAUUUGCAAUUCUGUAAUAAAGCAACAAAUAUUAAAGGAUACGUCUCUAUUAUGUUGUUGGUCACAUUUUUCCUUACAAUCUUAAAUUCAUAAAAAAAAUAAGCUGACCGUGAUAUCAUUGCCUUAACACUUUCAU